AUGUGGCGUGUCGCCUCAACAACACCUGUUGAACCUACCAUCCAUGCCAUCUUUGAGACCAACACCGGAACAUGGCAAUAUCUAGUCUCUGAUCCCGCCACUUCCUCUGCGGUCAUCAUAGACCCGGUCCUGGAUUUCGACCGGACUACCCAGACCGUCAGCACUAGGAGUGCCGAAUCCUUGCUCAAAACGGUGGCCGAAUGCGGUUUGAAGAUUGAGAUGAUACUCGAGACACAUGUCCACGCUGAUCAUCUCACUGCGGCUACAUAUCUCCAACGUCAUCUCGCUCAGAGUCAAGGGCUUAACCCACCGAUCGGGAUUGGGAAGCGGAUCACGCAGGUUCAGAAUCUGUUUGGUCAGCGAUAUGGAGUUCCCUUGGCUGAAUAUAUGACUGUGUUCGAUAAGUUGUUUGAUGAUGAUGAAACGUUCAAGAUUGGCAAUCUGACUGCCACUGCUGUUCAUCUGCCGGGUCAUACUCCCGAUCAUCUUGGGUAUCGUAUUGGAGAAAAUAUAUUCUGCGGUGACUCAAUCUUCCACGCCGACAUCGGCACCGCACGCUGCGACUUCCCCGGUGGAAGCGCGCGCGACCUUUUCCGAUCUGGGAAAAAGCUCCUGUCUCUGCCAGGUCACUUCAAGGUCUGGACUGGGCAUGACUACCCUCCUCAAGAGCGGGAAACACCAAGACCUUGGAUGAGUGUACAGGAGCACAGGGAGCAGAACAAGCAUUUGAAGGAUGGUACGACAGAAGAGCAGUAUAUUGCUCUGCGGGAGGCGCGCGAUGCACAGAUGCAGGCGCCAAAGCUGCUCCAUCAGAGUCUGCAGAUUAAUAUUCGAGCGGGUCAGCUGCCGAAGCCAACGGAGGCAGGGCAUCGGAUGCUACAUCUGCCGAUGAAGUUUCAGGGUGGGGAAUGGUAG